AUGGCGCGCACGGUGCACAACGCCUACAAGCUCCUGCUAUCGGGGCUCGCGAUACUAGGCCACCUCCAAGCGACAGAAGCCGGCAUCGCCAGGACACUCCCAGAUGAAUACUCAACCACCGCUGCCGCCGCGACGGGCCGCGAGCGCGUGAGCCUCGGCACGGGCUGGCGCUUCUCCCGCUUCACGUCGAACCCGGACUCGCUUUCGUACAACACGUUGAAGGGGUGGAUUCUGCCUUCCAGCAACGACUUCAUCGUGAACGGCGACAAGCACGAGCGCCCAGCCGGAUCUGCGCCGGGGGCCAACAUCACAUAUGUGCAGGCGUCGUUCGACGACAGCGAGUGGGAGGCCGUGAAUGUUCCGCACGACUGGGCGAUCAAGGGCCCUUUCCACGCAGAUGGGAUCCCAAAUAGCAUGGGCGCCCUGCCUAUCAACGGAGUAGGCUGGUACCGUCGCAACGUGACCAUAGCGUCGAGCGACGCCGGCAAGUCUAUCUACUUGGAUAUCGACGGCGCCAUGUCCAACUCAGCAGUAUGGAUCAAUGGGCAGAUUGUGGGUGGGUGGCCAUACGGCUACAACUCCUUCCGCCUGGAUCUUACUCCUUACGUAAAGACGGGAGAGAAUAUCUUGGCGAUCCGAAUUGACAACCCGUUGAACUUCUCACGUUGGUAUCCCGGCGCUGGUCUCUACCGGCAUAUCUGGCUCGUCAAGGUCGACCAGACUCAUAUUGGCCAAUAUGGCACGUACAUUACGACCCCAUCUGUGACUGCCGAGUCGGCGGAUGUAGCCUUGACAGUGCAGGUGGAAAACAAGAGAAAUUCCAGCCGGGCAGUGGAGGUAAGGACCAACGUGUUCGUCUUCGAUAACGAGAGCGGCCAGGCCAGAGCAGAGAUCGUGGCCUCCUUUAAACCCGCAACCGCCAACAUAGCGGCAGGCAGCAAGCAGUCUUUAAACACCUCAGUAACAGUCACAAACCCACGACUCUGGGGACCGAAGCCAGAACAGGAGCCAAACAUGUAUGUCGCCGUGACAGAGCUUGUUGCCGACGGCGCCGUUAUCGACAGCUACGAGACACGCUUCGGGAUCCGCACCAUUACCUACGACGGCAACACAGGCAUUUCUGUCAAUGGAAAGAAGGUCUAUAUCCAGGGCACCAACAACCACCACGACCACGGCGCCAUCGGCGCUGCUUUCAAUCUCCGCGCAGCCGAGCGGCAGCUGGAUUUACUACAAGAAAUGGGCUGCAACGCAUUGAGAAUGUCUCACAACCCCCCUGCCCCCGAGGUGCUCGACCUGGCGGACCGGCGCGGGUUCCUGGUUCUCGACGAGAUCUUCGACGUCUGGAAGCAGCAGAAGAUUGAGGAUGACUACCACGUGUACUUUGCAGAAUGGCACGAGGCGGAUCUGCGAAACUUCCUCCGACGAGACCGUAACCACCCGUCCAUCAUGGCAUUCAGCUACGGCAACGAGAUCGUCGAGCAAACAACAGCGGACGGCGGGGCCACCGCCCGCGAGCUCCAGGCCAUCGUGCGGGAAGAAGACCCCACCCGGCACACCAGCAUCGGCAUUAACAACGCCAAAGCCGGCAGCGAGCUCGCCAACGCCGUCGACAUCCCGGGGCUGAACUACCAGGGCGAGGGCCGCGGCACCUCCUUCGACUCGGCGUACCCGAGCUACCACGCCGCGUACCCGGAGAAAGUGCUGUGGAGCACCGAGAGCUCGUCGGGCGUCAGCUCGCGCGGGACGUUCAUCUUCCCCGUCACGAGCGCCAAUAGUUCCGACGCGAAGGAGGGGUCGGGGAUCGACUCGGCGAACUUGCUCGUCAGCGCGUACGAGCUGUACGCCGUGUCGUGGGGCUCGUCGCCCGACAAGGUGUUCGGGAUGCAGGAUAAGUUCCCGUACGUGGCGGGCGAGUUCGUCUGGACGGGCUGGGAUUACCUGGGCGAGCCGUCGCCGUUCGACACCAAGGCGCGCAGCUCGUACUUUGGGAUCAUUGAUCUCGCGGGCUUCAAGAAGGAUCGCUUCUUUUUGCCCAUGGCCCACAUCCUCCCCCACUGGACAUGGCCCUCCCGCGUCGGCGAAGUAACCCCCGUGCACGUCUUCUCCGCCGCCGACGAAGCCGAGCUCUUCGUCAACGGCAAGUCCGCCGGCAAGCUCGCCCGCGAGCCCUCCAACUACCGCUUCCGCUGGGACAACGUGACGUACGCGCCGGGCGAGCUGCACGUCGUCACGUACAGAGACGGCGCGCCGUGGGCCGAGGAGACGGUGAAGACGGCGGGCGCGGCGGCCAAGCUCGGCGUCGCUGCCGACCGCACCGAAAUAGCUAGCGAUGGCCAGGAUUUGUCGUUCGUUACGGUCGCUGUCGUCGACAAGGACGGGACCACGGUCCCGGAGGCGAGCACCGCGAUCACGUUCUCGGUUUCGGGGCCGGCGGAGAUAGUGGCUACGGACAACGGGAAUCCGGCCGACUUCACGGCGUUCCCGAGCUUGACAAGGGAUGCGUUCAGUGGUCUUGCCCUGGCGGUUGUCCGCUCGAAGGCUGGGGAGGCCGGGGAGAUUACGGUUAGUGCUAAGGCGGAGGGGCUUGAGGGGGGUGAUGUUGUGUUGAGGGCUGUGUAA